AUGGCCAGGUCCAAAAGCAAGGGCAGCAACGUCCUUCCCCUGAUCCUGCUCGUCCUCUUCGUCGCAGUCCUCGCCGUCGUCGGCUACGUCGUGUACCAAAUCGUGCAGGAUGUGAGCAAGAACACGCGCGCCAAGAUGGAACGCAAGAAUAUCGCCUUUACCAAGGAUGGAAUGAAGGUUCGAGUGAAGGAAAUUCAAGAUGAGCAGUACAAGGACCGGACGCAGAGCGUCCUGGUCAACAUGUGGAAUCAGACCAAGUUCCCAGCUUACAAAAGCCGCCUUUGGGAUAUGUCAGGAGAAAGCUCGGGAAGCGAGGGUGCUUCGAAGCGCAAGCCGCACUCCAAGUAA